AUGAACGUUUUAUAUUUUCAAAGAAGACAUAUUCCCUGGGAAAUUACUUUGCGUCUUGCUCAAACUGAUGCUCAUGAGUAUACCGAGGCGAAUACAGUAGCACAAAUAAAUACACGUAGCAGAGGGGUGAGAGAGGAGGAUAACCAUGACAGAUGGAGACGACCUGAAAGAGGAUGGAUCAAAUGCAACUUUGAUGGCUCAUUCGUUAAUGGUGAUGUAAAAAGUAAAGCAGGUUGGGUUGUUCGGGAUAGUAAUGGAAGUUAUCUACUGGCGGGGCAGGCUAUAGGAAGAAAGGUGGACAAUGCUCUGGAGAGUGAAAUUCAAGCGCUAAUCAUUUCAAUGCAGCACUGUUGGAGUCAUGGUUACAAACGGGUUUGCUUUGAAGGAGAUAACAAGAUGCUGUUUGACCUAAUUAACGGAUCCAAGGUAUAUUUUGGCGUUCACAACUGGAUACGGGACAUUCAUUGGUGGUUAAGGAAGUUUGAAUCAAUCCAUUUCAAUUGGAUAAGAAGACAUCACAAUACUCCAGCUGAUAUUCUUGCUAAAGCUCCUCUCCAAAACCAAUCUUUAUUCCUGAAUCAUUUCUGGGUUCCUAAUGUAAUAACCUAUGCUCUACAUUGUGACUACACUGCUGAUUUAUAA